AUGCUGCAUCCUGAAACAGCCUCAAUGAUCGGCUCAGGCAUGUACAAUUACGGUAUGACUGCGUGCGCGAACAACACAGCCAGGAUGGGUAUCAAACAUCUGCAUCAGCUCAUUCAAGAGCACGCACCGGAUGCCAUCAAGGCGGGCGAGAUCAAGAACCAGUUCGGUCGCAAGGUCGCCAUUGAUGCAUCCAUGAGCAUUUACAGCUUCCUCAUCGCAGUGCGCUCUGGGGGCGAGCAGCUCAUGAACGAGUCAGGCGAAACUACGUCCCAUCUUAUGGGUCUCUUCUAUCGAACCCUCCGCAUGGUUGACAACGGAAUCAAGCCCCUUUACGUCUUUGAUGGCGCACCACCAAAGCUCAAGUCGGGUGAGCUCGCCAAGCGUUUCCAGCGCAAGACCGAAGCGCAAGCGGCGGCCGAAGAAGCCAAAGAGACAGGUACAGCAGAAGACGUGGAGAAGUUUUCACGGCGAACAGUAAGGGUGACGAGAGAACACAACGAGGAGUGCCGCCGACUGCUCAAACUCAUGGGCAUCCCGUUCAUUGUCGCCCCCACCGAGGCCGAGGCCCAGUGUGCUGUGCUGGCUCGAGGUGGCAAGGUCUAUGCUGCAGCCUCGGAGGAUAUGGACACCCUGACGUUCAACUCGCCAAUCCUGCUGCGACAUCUCACCUUUAGCGAACAGCGCAAGGAACCCAUCCUGGAAAUUCACUUGGACAAGGUGCUAGAAGGCUUGGCCAUGGAUCGCACUCAGUUUAUCGACCUUUGCAUUCUUCUAGGCUGUGAUUACCUUGACCCCAUCAAGGGUAUCGGCCCCAGUACUGCCCUGAAGCUCAUCCGCGAACACAAGGAUCUCGAAGGCGUGGUCAAGCAUAUUCAGUCACAACCCAAGGGCAAACUCACCAUCCCGGAAGACUGGCCGUUUGCCGAUGCGCGCCUUCUCUUCCUCGAGCCCGACGUGCGACCGGCCGACGACCCAGAAUGCGACUUCAAGUGGGAGGCACCGGAUGUAGAGGGACUUGUCAAGUUCCUCGUCGAGGAAAAACAUUUCAGCGAAGACAGAGUGCGCAACGGAGCGGCCAAGCUGAAUAAGAAUAUGAAGACAGCACAGCAGAGCAGGCUGGAGGGCUUCUUUAAGCCGAUCCAGAAGACUGAGGAGGAGAAGGCAAGCCUGAAGCGCAAGGCGGCAGAGAAGCUCGAGGAGAAGAAGAAGAAGCAGAAGCAAGAGGCAAAGGCGAAGAAGGACGCCAAGGCCAAACCUAGGACUGCUGCUUGA